AGUCUGUUGUCGCAACUGAAACGCGAAGGUUGUCGUUGUCGCUGUCGUUGUCGAAGUGCGCGCUUCACGUCUCUCGUCGGCAAAGUUCUCAGUGUCUCUACGAAAGAGGGAGAGUGUAGUUUUUUGUUGGCCAACUAACGUUUUGUUUGGGCCAACGGCGAAACAAGCGUUCCCAUCUACACAACCAUCUACCACCAACCACCAUCAAGUAUUAGAAACGCCAAAUCCCAAUACGCGCCACAGGCACAUGCAAAUUCACAAGAAUUGCCCCAAACACACACACAUACACACACAUACACAAACACAACACACACACUGACAGACAGAGACAAAAGCACAUAAAGAGGACUUGCAGAUACAAUUGCUAGAUACUUACUACUACAGCACAUUUCCGCACUCUGCACAGUGGGACGAAGCCGCAACAACGCCUGUUUGUUUAUGGUAGCAAAUGAAACUGGUACUCGCUAUCAGACGUGCCACAAUAUGCCAAGCAUCUAACAAUAUCCAUAUAUGAAAAUAAACACAGUACAGCCGCUGAUGCUGUUGCUGUUGCUGCUGCUUCAACAGGCCAUGCCCCCCCACUCAAAAUAAAGUGCUGAGCAACAACAACAACAACAACACUAUAUUUUCAUUAAUUUUUGUGGAGUGUGUAGCGUUGUGAAAUCGCCAAAUACAUUUUAAUAAAUAGCCAGCCAAGAGGCAGACAGCAGCAUCUUGCCACAAAAAUAAAUAAAUAAAAAUCGCUGAGAACGCGGAACAGAGAGCUACAGCCACAAAUCCAGCUGAGGUGUCGAGUGCAUCGCCCAGAUACAGAUAGCAGAAUUGUUGCCAACACCCUCCACCCCCCACCCAGCGCCCCUCUCCAGCACGUGUGUGUGUGUGUCGAUAUAGACGUAGGUCGUGGCCAAGGUGUUCAAAGGCAACCGAACUCGCAGCCGCAACGAGGUGUACACAUUUGGCACCAUGGACGGCGGUUACGUAAACGAAGGCGGUCAGCUAAAGACGAAAAAUGGUCAGAAAUAUGUGUUCAAUGGCCCACCAUCGGGUGUUUAUGUCUCCAGGACGUGUCUUGUCAUCUCGGCAGUCAUUAUGCUGGCAGCACUCAUCUCCUCCGUCCUCAUCACCUACUUCCUCACCUCACAGAGCCUGCCAAUUGUGGACACCAGCCCCAGCGCCGAAGCACACAUCAAGGAUCAUCACGUGGAUGCAGCAACGAGUCCUUCACACGCAAAUGCAACGAACUUGGCGAGUGCCAAGUUUGAUAUACCUGACUGGCUGAAGCAGAACCAAGCAACAACAUCGUCGCCAGAAAUAGCCGUUGUUGUGCCUCCCGUAGGAGAUAUUCCCGUCAUAGAGGAGGCACUGGAGACCAACACCAAGUCAAUGGAUCGCCCACUGCAGCUAUUCGAGGGUUGGCGCCCCCAGAACUACAAGAUUGUCAUUGAGCCAAAUGUCGAUUCGUCUAGCAGCAAUGGCAGCGUGUCGAUUGAAAUCGAACGUGACCCCAAGGUCAACAGCUGGGAGCCAAUCGUCCUGGAUGUCCACAAUGUCAGCAUUGCGAAUGUGCGUGUCAUUCGAUCACCAAUUGUGAAUGGCAGCGACGAAGUCGAACUGGACUUUGACAGCGACUAUGGCGACAAUAAUGAUACAUUCAUCGUCACACUGGCCAAGUCUCUGGCGACGGAAUCGAAUCUGCGUGUCCUGCUCAGCAUGGAUUUUGUCAGUCAGGUUACGGACACACUGCAGGGCAUCUACAAGACGAGCUACACAAAUCCGAAUACCAAUCAGUUGGAAUGGGUAAUCAGCACUCAGUUCUCGCCCAUCGAUGCACGUCGUGCUUUUCCCUGCUUCGAUCGUCCCGAUAUGAAAGCCAACUUUACCGUAAGCAUUAUUCGCAAUAUCAAGCACAAAAUGUGCCUGUCCAAUAUGCCAAGAAUACGCAGCAGCUCCCAUCGCACUGGCUACAUUCGCGAUGAUUUUAAGACCACGCCCAAAAUGCCCACGUACCUUUUAGCGUUCAUUGUCUCGAACAUGGUUGACUCUCUGUAUGGGAAUCUGGAUGGUGGACUUAUGCCACGCGUGGAGAUCUGGACACGACCAACGUUUGUCGAAAUGACCAACUAUGCCUAUAAAAUGGUGCGCCAGUUUUUACCCUACUAUGAGGAAUACUUUGGCAUCAAGAAUCAGCUGCCCAAGAUUGAUCUCGUUUCGGUGCCAGACUUUGGCUUCGGUGCCAUGGAGAAUUGGGGUCUGAUUACCUUCCGCGACUCGGCACUGCUGGUGCCAGAGGAUCUUGAGCUGGCUUCGUCAUCGGAGCAUAUGCAAUAUGUGGCACAGAUCAUAGCCCAUGAGUUGGCACAUCAAUGGUUUGGCAAUCUGGUCACUCCCAAGUGGUGGGAUGAUCUCUGGCUAAAGGAGGGCUUUGCCUGCUACAUGAGCUACAAGGCGCUAAAUCAAUUGUAUCCCGAAUUUCAGAUCAUGGACACCUUUACAAUGCUGGAAUUCAAGGAAUCGAUGCAACAUGAUGCUACCAAUACCUCGCAUGCGAUCUCUUUCGAUGUGAAGACGAGCAGCGAUGUGCGUCGCAUCUUCGAUCCCAUUAGCUACUCCAAGGGCACGAUCCUGCUGCGCAUGCUCAACUCCAUUGUGGGUGACGAGGCAUUCCGUGCGGCAACGCAGGAUCUGCUGAAGAGCUUCGCGUACGAGAACAUUGAUCGCGAUGAUCUCUGGGCCUACCUCACACGUCAUGGACACGAGAAGGGCACUCUGCCCAAGGACAUGAAUGUCAAACAGAUUAUGGACUCGUGGAUAAUACAACCCGGCUACCCGCUGGUUCAUGUGGAGCGCAAUGGAGCCGACCUGGUGCUGCGGCAGGAGCGUUAUCUGCUGCCCUCUCGCAAUCCGCUGGAUCACAGUCGUUGGUUCAUUCCCAUCACCUACGAAACGGAUGAGUUGCACAAGGGCGAUAAUAUACCCACACACUGGAUGACCCAGGAUCAGGAGCAGAUUGUGAUCAACGAUGCAUUUACCAAAAUGAACAACAGCGACAACGUUCUCUAUUUAAAUCUGAACAGACAGAGCUAUUAUCGCGUCAACUAUGACAUGACUUCCUGGCUGGCACUGAAGAAGAACUUUAGCAAUCUACCAACAAUUACACGAGCCCAACUCUUGGAUGAUGCACUGCAUCUGGCGCAGGCAGAGUACCUCUCCUAUGACAUACCUUUGACAUUCUUGAUGGAGCUUUUCACAGCCAUGGAUGAUGAGCUGCUGUGGAGCGCAGCCAAGCCGGGCCUCAACUAUCUCAUCUAUAAUCUGAAACGAGAACCAGCCUAUGAGACAUUCAGGGCCUUCAUGAAGUUUAUUGUGAGACCCGCAUUCGAUCGUUAUGGUCUCCAUGAGCCCGACAAUGAAUCACAUAUGCAGUUGAAGCAUCGCGCCUUGGUAGCCAAUUUCGCCUGCAAAUUCAACUAUGAUCGCUGCACUCAGGUGGCCCAAACGAGGUUCCGCGAAUGGAUGCGUGAUCCCAAAAGGAAUCCUAUCAAGCCCAAUCUGAAAUCUGUCAUUUAUUGCACGGCGCUGGCGGAGGGCUCCUAUCAGGAAUGGUAUUUCGCCUACAAGCAAUACAAGAGGUCAAACAGUGCCUCCGAAAAGGAGGAGAUACUCACCUCACUGGGCUGCACCACAAAGCCAUGGCUGCUGUCCAAAUACCUGAAUUUGACACUUAACUCCACAUCGGGCAUUUUGAAGCAGGAUGGUGCCUUGGCCUUCAGAGCUGUUGCAUCAAAUGCAAUUGGACAUGAGAUGGCAUUUGAUUUUCUGCAGACGAACAUUAAAGAAAUUGCUGACUACUAUGGCGAUGGCUUCUCCACCAUAUCGGAGAUGAUUAAAUCGCUGACCAUCUAUAUGAACAAGGAGUACCAUAAACAGCAGCUGCAGGCAUUGGCCGCCAACUGUCGCAAACUGGGCCUAAAGGCCGUCGAAAUAGCCAUUGGCAUGGCGAUGGAGCAGGUCAACGAUAAUAUCUAUUGGCGCACUCACUCCUAUGAUAAGCUCAAAGGGUUCCUCGAGGGCAUUGUCAGCGAGUUCGAAAUUAAUAUCUUCUAAGCAACAUUCAAUUAGUUCUGAAGCUUUUCAACCAAAAAAAAAAGAAUAAGAAGAAAGAAAAAAACUCGACUUUAUAAUUAUUCAACAGCCUCAAUAUUUAAUUUUAUUUGCGAAAAGUGAUAUAAACGUGUAAGUUAGCCAACUUAGUUAAGAUACAAAGAGAAAUCAAACAUCUUUAUACUUUUGGCUUCGAUUGCUUCAUGUAUUGUAAUUUAUUAUUUGAGUUUUUUUUUCGUAACGUUCCUAUGUUUCAAAUAGUAGAUGGCUAAAAACUAAAGAGUAUCCUUAUCACACCUUGUUAAGAACAUUGGUUAUUUAGUCACUCCUCCUAAUGCUGCUUGGGUAAAAUCAUCAAUUUGUCAAAUACACUAAAAUAAAAACACUCGGAACUUAACUACUAAGCCAUUUUAGCACUAAGUAAACCAAACAAAGAAGAAAAAAAUCAUAUUUUAAAACUUGUAUUAAACAAACUUGAGAACUUGUGCACAGAUUUAAGUUUAUUUUUGCUACUGGAGAAACGAGUGUCCUUAAUGCAUGGUUUAAAGAUUUUGCACAAGCAAACAUACCUAAAUAUAACUUAUUUAUAUAUUUUGUAUAAUGA